UUCACCUUCUCAUCUUCAUUCUCUCUCUCUCUCUCUCUCUCUCUCUCUCUCUCUCUCUAGCAUGGAAGGAGAUGAACAUUCUUCACAAGCUCAUAUGAAUGACAACCUGAUUAACAUGAACAACAUGAAUCCAUUUAUGUUGGAUUACAUGAGUAGUACUACUCCUAACCCUUUGAUUAAUAAUAAUCCAAUGUUUCAGUACCCGUCAUCUUCGUCUUCUGCGGUUUUACCUCAGUUACCUGUAACCAUGAGUAAUGAUCAUGUGGAUGAUAUUAAUAAUGUUAGUUUGGAGAGCAGUAAUGUGGACUGGGUUAGCCUUCUUUCGGGUUUCAUGAAUGUGGAUCAAGGGGGAAGAAGGUUGAAUGAAGGAGAUGAAAAGAAAUCCAUGAAAAGUGGGAGGGGUAAGAAGGUGACUCCAUCUAGGGUUGCAUUUCAUACAAGAAGUAGUGAAGAUAUUCUUGAUGAUGGUUACAAAUGGAGAAAGUAUGGCCAAAAAUCUGUCAAAAAUAGUAAACAUCCCAGGAGUUACUAUAGGUGCACUCAUCAUACAUGCAAUGUAAAGAAGCAAAUUCAAAGGCUGGCAAAAGACGACUCCAUCGUAGUGACAACUUAUGAAGGCGUACACAACCAUCCUUGUGAGAAGCUCAUGGAGACUUUGGCUCCACUCCUCAAGCAACUCCAGUUUCUCUCCAGAUUCUAAGUCGUUAAACACCCGCUAAUUACGUCGUUUUAGUUUGUACAUUUCCAUCUUCAACUACGACUUCUUUGUUUCUCCUUUAUUCGCUUUCUGAUUGUGUAUCAAACAACAAAAAAUGGAAGUGCGAAUCGAGAGAGAAAUUUAGUUAAUGGAAAAUUGUAUGUAUAAUGUGUAACUCUUAUCUUUGUAUUAAUGGAAUAGAACAAAAAUCUUACUUGUUUUGUAUAA